CAUAUUUUUUUUUUUUGUUUUUUAACUUAAUUUGUAUUUACUAUUCCAUUCUGCGGAACCAGUUCGAUUGCAUCCCCAUCCUUACUGGGUUUGACAACACUGGCAAAAAGUAGAGUUGCAAAAAAUCGAUGUUCACAGUCGAAAGCACCAAAUGGACCACAAGAACCAGUUCAGUUCAAAACUAGUUCGCCUGAACUGCAGAACCCUAGGAAAUAAUUUAAUUUAAUAAUUUUAACUAUAAUUGCCACAGCAAACAAGCAGCAAAUAAAAUACAAACAAGCAGGCCGUAUAAGGCCGAAAGUCACAGUCUGCUGCAUGGUCGCGAAAAAUCGGAAAGAACCAACGCAGACGCCAUUUUGUCUAUAUUGGCCGGCCCAGAAACGAAAAAUUCGCAAAAUAAUAGUUUUCGGUUUAGUUUACAGUGCGAAGUAGUGGCAGAUUUCUCUGCUGUCUGUUUUGCUUCAGCAGCUUCAGCAGGAAGAGAUCAUUUUCGGGGAAAUAGUUGGAAAUGUUUAUAGAUUUUUGCAAACUGUGGCCGCUCACCAGGAGUAUGUAAACGCAACGCAGCGCGCCGUUCUUAUUGGAAAAAGGACAAUAAGCUAGUGAGUUCCAGACGCAGAGAUUCAAGGAGAUAGACAAAAAGAGAGAGAGAGAGCCGGGAGUCGCCGACCAACAGUGCCUCAAAAACCACAACAGCAACAACAACUGGCAACUCCCAAAUCUCUCCCAAGGGACACGGAUCGUGGGACUGGGACACUUCACAACUGCCAUACAUCCAAGACGAAUCACAACAACCAAGCCAAAAAGAAAACGCCGCCCAGUGCAGACUGCAGUAGGAUUAUUAAGACACCUAAAACUAUCGCUCCAGCACCUCCAUUUCCCUACUUCCGUUGCUUUUUGCUAUUCGGAGCGCCGCAAAGACGACGACGCAGUUAAAGAGGAGCCGACGCCAACGCUGCCGCCGCAACAAUGACGUUCGACACGCGCAGGCAAACCACCGGACAGCCGGGCACCACCACCAGCAGCACUGCAGCAACCACCACAACGAGUCCGGCACAGACCACGGGAACAGGUGCAGGAACGGGUACGGGCACAGUCACAACAUCGAGUCAGCCAGGCGGAGGAGGAGGCAAUGGUAGCGGCACUGGCAAUGGCGGCCUGGACAGUAGCAGUCAGGAGCAACAGACACCGCCGCAAAAUACGAGCCAGAGCUCGGAUGCCAGUUCGGAUGUGACAGCCUCGUCCUCGGCGAGCAGCGUGGACAGCACCGUCACACUAGUGCCCCCUGAGAAACUGAUUUCCUCAUUCCCCACCACGAAACUAAGAUCGCUAACCCAGAAGAUAUCCAAUCCGCGGUGGGUGGUGCCCGUGCUGCCGGAACAGGAACUGGAGGUGCUUCUCAAUGCAGCUAUUGAGCUGACCCAAGCCGGUGUGGAUCAUGACUGCGAGCCUUGCAUGGAGUUUUACCGCAAUGGACUGAGUACAUCGUUUGCCAAGAUCCUCACCGACGAGGCGGUGAACUCGUGGAAGUAUAACAUCCACCACUGCAUCCUCGUGUCUUGUGGCAAGCUGCUCAACCUGAUAGCAAUACACAUGCAACGCGACAAUCCCUAUCUGCUGGACCUGCUGGCCAUUGUCUUUGAUCCGGAAAACAAGUUCAACACGUUUAAUGCGGCCCGCCAGCCGGAGUGCUUCGCUACGCCGGAUUGCAUUUGGGGACCAUUGGAUAGCAACAAGAUGUACGCCCGGCCGCCACCGGAGCCAAAGAAUGCUAGAGGCUGGCUGGUAGAUCUCAUCAAUCGUUUCGGUCAGCUUGGUGGCUUUGACAAUUUGCUGGAGCGAUUUAACAGUGGUCUGGAGCUGCUGAAGCGCAAUCAAAACAAGUCCUCCGGCACCGCCAAGAGUCUGGAAAGCUGCGGUGAUGGUACUGGUCAGGAUAACCGCCUCACCCUGGCGCUCAUCCACAGCCUGCUCCGACCGUUUGGUCAGUGCUAUGAGCUGCUGACUCCGGCCACCAUCUCCAAGUACUUUAUGCCCAUCUGGAACGUGGUGCUAGAUCUGCUGGACAGCUUCACCGAUGAGGAGCUGAAGCGCGAGGUGAAGCCGGAGGGCCGAAAUGACUACAUCAACGGCAUUGUGAAGUCGGCCCGUUUUCUGGCCAGCCGUCUGACUGGUCAGGAGGAGUUAAUACGCGACCUGGAAAUGUUCCGAUUGAAGAUGAUCCUUCGCCUGCUGCAGGUGUCCAGCUUUAAUGGAAAGAUGAACGCCCUCAACGAGAUCAAUAAGGUGCUGUCUUCGGUGGCCUAUUACUCACAUCGAUCCCAGCCCCUACCCCACUGCAUGCCCGAGGACGAGAUGGACUGGCUGACGGCAGAGCGGAUGGCGCAGUGGAUAAAGUCAUCAGAUGUUUUGGGCAUCGUACUCAAGGACUCGCUGCACCAGCCGCAGUACGUGGAGAAGCUUGAGAAGAUCAUACGCUUUCUGAUCAAGGAGCAGGCGCUGACACUGGACGAUCUGGAUGCCGUUUGGAGAGCCCAGGCCGGAAAGCAUGAGGCAAUUGUGAAGAACGUGCACGACCUGCUGGCCAAGUUGGCCUGGGACUUUACUCCUGAGCAGUUGGACCAUCUCUUCGAGGCGUUCCAGGCCAGCAUGACAACGGCCAAUAAAAGACAGCGGGAAAGGCUCCUGGAGCUCAUUCGUAGGCUGGCUGAGGAUGACAAGAAUGGCGUAAUGGCCCAAAAGGUGCUAAAGCUGUUCUGGACCCUGGCUCACAGCCAGGAGGUGCCGCCAGAGGUGCUUGACCAGGCACUCGGCGCCCACGUCAAGAUCUUGGACUACAGCUGCUCGCAGGAGCGGGAUGCUCAGAAGACUAUUUGGCUGGACAAGUGUGUAGGCGAACUGAAGUCAGGCGAAGGAUGGGUACUGCCUGCCCUGCGACUCAUUCGGGAUAUCUGCUGUCUCUAUGAUACAACGCCGAACCAUGCGCCACGUACCCAAACAGGCACAAAUCGACAGCAGGUGAUAGAGCGGCUGCAAAAUGACUACUCACUUGUCAUACUGGUCACCAAUAGCCUAACGGCUUACAUGGAAAAGGUGCGCCAAAUGGUGGCCGACACACCGGGCCUGGAGGCAGCGACCAUCCUGAUUGACGGAAGGUUCCCGCAUCAGGCGCAAAUUGCUGAGCGACUGGAGUUCCUGAAGUUCCUCCUGAAGGAUGGUCAACUAUGGCUGUGCGCCGAUCAAGCCAAACAAAUCUGGCACUGUCUGGCGGUGAGCGCUGUCUUUCCGGCUGAUCGCGAGGAGUGCUUCCGCUGGUUCGGGAAGCUGAUGGGCGAGGAGCCCGAUCUGGACCCCGGCAUCAACAAGGACUUCUUCGAGAACAAUAUCCUGCAGCUGGAUCCGCACCUGCUCACCGAGAGCGGCAUCAAGUGCUUUGAGCGCUUCUUCAAGGCGGUCAACUCUAAGGAGGAUAAGCUAAAGGCGAUCCACAGGGGCUACAUUCUGGACAACGAAGACCUGAUCGGUAAGGACUACCUGUGGCGAGUGAUUACAACCGGGGGCGAAGAGAUCGCCAGCAAGGCCAUCGAUCUGCUGAAGGAGGUGUCCACCGCUCUGGGGCCACGGCUGCAAGAGAACAUUGGAGAGUUUCAUGAGAUGUUCAUCGGUGAGUGCUGCGCGCGCCUUCGAACGCACUAUGGCAAUAUCGUCAUCCUUGGCAAAACGCAGCUGCAGGAAGAGCUGGAGGCACCUGAUCAGUCGGACAAUGCCAACGACGAGUCUAAGGACUCGAAAAUGCGCUUCAUCGAGGCGGAGAAAAUGUGCCGCAUCCUCAAGGUGCUGCAGGAGUACGUAAAGGAAUGCGACCGCUCAUUUAGCGGCGACCGCGUCCACCUGCCCCUGAGCCGGGUAACGCGUGGCAAGAACACGAGCCUCUACAUCCGGUUCCAGAACCCGGGACGGCCCAUUGACGAUUUGGAGAUCGUGACGCACAGUAACGAGACUAUGGCAGCCUUUAAACGCAGUCUUCUCAAGCGGAUCAAGGGCACCUCCACGACCAAUAUUAAGGUGGAUCUCUUCUACACGAAUGGCGAAAUGAUUGAAGUCUCUGACGAGAUUAACCCGCUCUACCAGUACACCAUUCGCGACAAAAUGAUCCUCACGGCCAAGCUGACGCCCGUUGGCACUGGCCUCGCCAGCAGUCCCGACUCCUCGAGCGACUCGAGCACCGGUUCUCCACCGCGUCCCUGCCCCGACAUGCAGCGCGUUGAGUCCGAGAGCACGCUGCCCGGCGUCAUCAUAUCGCAGAACUACCAGUACACCGAGUUCUUUCUGAAGCUGUACCAGCUGGGCAGCGACCUGGAACACGGCCGUCUGCGCGAGAGUGCGAAGAUUUUGCUGCACCUGCUCCCCUGCGACCGCCAGACGAUGCGCCAGCUGCAAUUGAUGUGCAAAGUACCCAAGGCGGCGAUAACAGUUGCGGGAGCACCCAAGGAGGACGGAGAAAAACUGAACUCAAUUGAGCAACCGGCAGCCAGUGAGGCUGAGGAGGAGAAUAGCUGCACGCCCGAACAGAUGUUUCUGCACCCGACGCCCGCCCAAGUGCUAUACAAUUUGAGUGUGCUGCACGGACUGCUGAUACCCGCCUUGGAGCCACUUGGUGAACCGGCUCUGCAGGUGCAGUCGGCCUGGAUGCAUUCGGGCUGCGCGCACUUUGUGCUGGAGCUGCUCACAAAGAAUAAUUUCCUUCCAAACGCCGAUAUGCAUACGAAGCGCGCAUCCUUUCAGUGCGUGCUGAGGCUGGCCAAAUUGUUCCUCUACAUUGUGGGCAGUGUGCUGUCGCGCGUUGGUGACGAACCGCUGAUAUGUGACCUGGAUAACGGAGCCCGCUCCCAGGUGGACAUCCUGAAGCAGAACUUUUCGACGAUGCCGAACAGUUCACAGGGCACGCUGCGUGCAAUUUCCGCCAAGCUGGCCGUGAUACUUGCUCGUGAGAUGCUUUCUGCCACCCAGGAGGGCGACCGCUGCCGCACCCUUUUCAGCUCGAUGUUGCAGUGGUCUUGCCCGGACAUCUCCACCAUCAAGGCGGUGGUGCAGCUGGCCUGGGCCUCGUCCUGCGGAAACCUGCAGGCCCUGGGUAGCAGCAGCAGCAGCAGCGGCGACGGCUUUGAGGACGAUGUGAUUGUGCCGGACGGCCAGGACUUUAGCAUGUGCAAGGAGGCGCUCGAGGUGCUGACCAUCUCAUUCAUCCUGAAUCCUAGUGCCAAUGAGGCGUUAAGCAGCGAUGCCAACUGGCCCAAGUUCAUCACCUCCAUUGUGCUAAAGAACCCGUAUCGCCAUGUGCGGCAGGUGGCGUCGGAGCAGCUGUUCUUGGCGUCCACCUACUGCGCCGGCGAUCGACGUCCGUUCGUCUACAUGGUCAACCUUUUGGUGGGUGCCCUAAAGACGCUGGUUCCCCAGUACGAGGCCACUUGCUCUGAGUUCUUCUCGGUCCUUUGCCGCACGCUGUCCUACGGAUGCAUCUACAACUGGCCGCUCCAGAUUGGCGAGGGGCUGCUGGGCGAUGAGAUCAAGUGGCUGCAGCGUAUUCGGGAAAAUGUCCGCGCCACCGGAGACACUCAGGUGCACGAGGAGCUCCUCGAGGGCCACCUCUGCUUGGCCAAGGAGCUGAUGUUCUUCCUCGUACCCGACUCAAAGGCCCAGUUCAACGAGCUCAUCCACGAGCUGAUCGACGACUUCCUCUUCACGGCCUCGCGCGAGUUCCUGCAUUUAAGGCGGCAAGGCAGCCUCCGGCAGGACACUGUCCCGCCGCCAGUCUGCCGCAGUCCGCACACCAUUGCCGCUGCCUGCGAUCUCCUCAUUGCCCUGUGCCAGCUGUGUGUUCCUAAUAUGAAGCUACUCACCAAUACACUAAUCGACUUUGUCUGCACGGACACAGAUCCGUUGCGGGAAUGGGAUUACUUGCCACCCGUUGGAGCCAGGCCAAUUAAAGGUUUCUGUGGCCUGAAAAACGCCGGGGCCACCUGCUAUAUGAACUCGGUGCUGCAGCAACUGUACAUGGUGCCGGCGGUCCGGGUUGGUAUUCUGCGUGCUCAUGGUGCCGCCACCACCGAUGGCGAGGAUUUCAGCGGCGACUCGGAUUUGACGGGCGGUGGCGGUCUGGGACCAGCGGCCCUCUUCUCCGGACCCGCCUCUGCCCUAGUCUCCUUCUCCUCGUCGUCUUCGGGUGCGGGAUCCGACGAUGGGUCGCAGGAUGUGCGCAAGAACUACCAUGUGGUGAUCCUGAAGCAUGUCCAGGCCAUUUUUGCCCACCUGGGUCACAGUGCUCUUCAGUUCUAUGUACCGCGGGGUCUCUGGACACAUUUCAAGCUGCAAGGUGAGCCGGUGAAUCUACGCGAGCAACAGGAUGCCGUGGAGUUCUUUAUGUCACUGUUCGAGAGCCUCGACGAGGGUCUGAAAGCGCUGGGUCAGCCGCAGCUGAUGAACGCCACGCUGGGCGGCUCCUUCAGCGAUCAGAAGAUCUGCCAAGAGUGCCCCCAUCGCUACUCCAAAGAGGAACCAUUUAGUGUAUUUAGUGUCGAUAUUAGGAAUCAUAGCUCAUUAACCGAAUCUCUGGAGCAGUAUGUCAAGGGGGAGCUGCUCGAGGGAGCCGAUGCCUACCAUUGUGAUAAAUGUGAUAAAAAAGUAGUUACCGUUAAGCGGCUCUGCGUGAAGAAGCUGCCGCCCGUGUUAGCCAUACAACUGAAGCGCUUCGAAUACGACUACGAGCGCGUCUGUGCGAUUAAAUUUAAUGAUUAUUUUGAAUUUCCUCGUAUCCUGGAUAUGGAGCCCUAUACUGUGUCUGGCCUAGCCAAGCUAGAGGGCGAGGUGGUCGAGGUGGGUGAUAAUUGUCAAACAAACAGCGUUGAAACAACCAAGUACGAACUGACCGGCAUUGUGGUGCACAGUGGGCAGGCCUCCGGGGGUCAUUACUUCAGCUACAUACUCUCCAAAAAUCCUGCUAACGGCAAGUGUCAGUGGUACAAGUUUGACGACGGCGAGGUCACCGAAUGCAAGAUGCACGAGGACGAGGAAAUGAAGGCCCAGUGCUUUGGCGGCGACUACAUGGGCGAGAUCUACGACAACAACCUGAAACGGAUGCAGUAUCGUCGUCAGAAGCGUUGGUGGAACGCCUACAUGCUGUUCUACACCCGCUGUGACCAGACGCCAGUGCAGUACGAGCCCAGUGUGGAGCAGUUGUCGCUCACCGAGAGUCGCAACAUGGUCCUGCCUCUGCCCAAGCCCAUUGAGCGCAGCGUGCGGCACCAAAACAUUCGGUUUCUGCAUUCGCGUAGCAUUUUCUCUGUAGAGUUCUUCAACUUUAUCAAGAAGCUGGUCAGCUGCAAUAUCCCCUCUGCACGGAGCGAUAAGAUUACACCUGCCGCAGAGGAGCUAUCGUUGCUGGGUGUGCAGUUAGCAUCGCAGUUCCUCUUCCACACUGGUUUCCGUACGAAGAAGUCGCUACGCGGCCCUGUCAUCGAAUGGUACGACACGCUCUCACAUCACAUACGUUCCUCGGCGCUGGUGCGCAAGUGGUUUGCAAACAAUGCGCUCCUUUCGCCGCCAUCACGCCUAGGCGAGUACAUCCUAAUGGCUCCAUCGCCAGAGGUGCGCACUGUAUUCGUUAAGCUGGUGGUCUUCUUCUGUCAUUUCGCCAUCAACGAUGAACCCUUAGCCGGCUACGACGGCGCCAAUUUGUGUGAGCAGGUGCUUAUCAGCGUACUCCGCCUGCUUAAAUCGGAGGCAGCCGACUAUGGCAAGCAUCUGCCCCACUACUUUAGUCUCUUCAGCAUGUACGUGGGACUGGGCACUCGCGAGAAACAACAGUUGCUAAGGCUCAACGUGCCGCUGCAGUUUAUCCAAGUGGCACUGGAUGACGGCCCUGGGCCUACCAUCAAGUACCAGUAUCCGGAGUUUAGCAAACUGCACCAGGUAGUCUCCCAUCUGGUGCGCUGCAGUGACGUGAGCGAGAAGUGCCAGAGCUCCAAUCAGAAUGCCCGCCCGAUGCCUAAUCCAUUCAAAGAUGCCACAGUGCCGCACGAGGACCUGAAGCCUCUGUCCUCCGAAUGUAUGGAUCUGCUCUUUACUCGCACCGGGUACAUCAAGAAGGUGAUCGAGGACACCAAUGUGGGCGACGAGGGAUUGAAGCUGCUGCAGUACUGUAGCUGGGAAAAUCCGCACUUUUCGCGGGGCGUGCUCACCGAGCUGCUAUGGCAAUGCGGAUUCGCCUACUGCCACGACAUGCGCCACCACACAGACCUGUUGCUGAACAUCCUGCUGAUCGAUGACUCAUGGCAGCACCACCGUAUCCACAAUGCCCUCAACGGAGUGGCGGAGGAGCGUGAGGGCCUGCUGGACACGAUACAGCGGGCGAAGACUCACUACCAGAAGAGGGCGUACCAGAUCAUUAAGUGCCUGACGCAGCUGUUCCACAAGUCGCCGAUUGCCCUGCAGAUGCUCAAUACAAAUCCGACCAUCAGCCGGCAAUGGAGUAUUGCCGUCGAAUGGCUGCAGGACGAGCUUGAGCGUCAACGGGGCAUAGGCUGCCAGUACAACUCAUACUCAUGGUCACCGCCGGCGCAGAGCAACGACAACACCAAUGGGUACAUGCUGGAGCGCUCGCAGUCAGCGAAAAACACAUGGACCAUGGCCUAUGAGCUCUGCCCUGAUGAAAGCAGCGAAAAAACGGAUCAGGACGAGAAUAACGAGUCCGAUUUGGAGUCCAACCUGGAGGAGAAUAAGGCGGCAGGUGCGCAAGAGGUAAGCGCUGGUGGCACGGAGCAGCCAGCGGACAACAAGACCACCACCACCAGCAGUCCGUCGACAGGCGCCUGGCCGGCUCGUGUGGAUACCAAUGCCAUUCCCCGACUGUCACGGCAGCUUUUUGGGGCAUACACAUCGACCGGUAACAGUCCUGGAGGUAGUGGCGGCGUCACAGCCGCUACGACAACAACGGGCAGUGGCGCCAACAGCGAGACAGAGAGCAGUGCCCAGGAAACGGCAGGAGAGACGAGCAUAAACGGACUGACGAAUAGUCUGGACCAGAUGGAGAUAACGACCAAAAAGAAGCAACGCAGGAUAUUGAGAAGAAGGCUAGUGGAAAGUAAGGACGAGGAGGACACGACGGGCGAAAGCACAGAGGUUAACGCGGAGGAGGUCACAGCGGCGACAACAACUGCCACAGUAACACCAACGACGGCAACAUUAACACCCAUUACAACGGAAACAGAGAAAAACUUAAUUUAAGUCGACAGAAACAAAAACAGAAAAGAAACCACAAACAAAAGGUUCUUUGCAAUAAAAAAAUGUAAUCGCAAAUUAACAAAGCAGAGAGAAGGAAAGAGAGGAGCAGCAACAACUUAUGAUGAACAUCCAUAUAGCGUUAAGUGAACCAAAGCAGCCUGACAAUGAGAACGGUGUGGACAACAAGAGGUGUUUUACUAUGCUAGUAGUGGGGCUCCCGCCGUCGUAAACGAGACUUAAUGGGUUAAUAUGCGAUCCUGCGUAGAUAUUAACAAAUGGAGACCAUCUGGGAGCGGUACUAGAGUCAUGAGUCACCAGUCAAGUUGAGGAGCAGCAGGAGAGUAUGUACCAGCAAAGGUGUUUAGUAGUUAUCGAACUUUAUAAUUACCUUAACAAGAUACAUAGAACAGAUACACAGACAACCCACAAAACACACUUGAAACAAAGAGAAACACACUCAUAAAUACUAAGAUGCGUUAAGUUGCACGUUUACAGUACCAUAUAAUUGUAUUUAUAUAGUAUAUAAAUGAUGUAUUACGUAUUGAAGCCGAGCAACAUUAACUAAUACUAACCGAAAAAAAUAAACUAAAAAAAAACAAAUAGCAAAAAAAUUAAUUAAAAAAAAAAGAAAUCAAAACGACAUGAGAACAUAUAGAUGCAGGGGUCCCACAGAAUUAGCUGGACAUGUGAAAUCCACUUCGAUUGUGCCAAGAAAUAUGGACAUUCUACUCGGCGCUUUUUGAAUAGGUCUCAAAUCUCUUGCGAUUUCUGUGACACCCCUGAUAGAUACGAUAUACUAGGAAAACUAAUCGAAACGAAAAUCGGCUGAAUGUAAGAAUUAGGGCAAAAGAAACCAAAUUGCAUCUUCAGUACUCGGUACACUCGCCUGAAAACUGAAAAUUGAAAACCGAAACUGAAACUGUUUCCAUAAUCAUAUUUGAACAUCGUAAAACAAGUUAAUGGGAUGCUAAAUCAAAACGAAAACGAAGCAAAAACAUAAACAAAUGCAGUAUAAACUCAAGAGCAAACUGGACUAAAGCAACACGAGAGCAUAAAAGAGAGAAACUUGAUUAUGUUUAUACUAAGUAUACAUAUAUAUAUAUAUUUUUAAUUGAAUUAGUGUUUUGUAUUAAGUGAAAUUUGUUAAACAUUUAUUAAAUUAUUAUGUUUUAAGUUGCUAAUAUAAUAAAAGCGAAUUGUAAGCAUUCUCUCGGUUGCCGUUUCCGUUUACCACAUCCGAAGUCACACUCAUAAGCCGCAAAAUUAUGUACGAAACUCAAUUUUAAUUUAUGUAUCCAUGAUGAUCAAUUCAAAAUGAUAAAUCACAUUUUGGAAAUGUGUGCGCGUGUUCGAGAAAAACUGAAUAAAUCUUAUACAUCCAUUAAAAUUCAACAACUGAAAACGAAAAAACAACUUUUGUUUCGUGUAUUCAACCAUCAUUCCUUCAGCCUGCUUUUUGAAAGUCAACAUGUUAAACAUUUUUAAUGCCAUAAAGGGACAAAAGACAACAUAAUUAUUCCAUUAAAUGGACAGGUUUACGCUUAACUCUAAUAAAUGCACUUGGUUAUCCCUGG